AUGGAUUCUUCACAAUCACAAUACUCCCACUCUGCUUCUGGUUCUGUUUCUCGUUCUGGCACUGCUUCGCAUCCUCGUUCUGAGAAUGGUUCGGAUUCUCGUUCUCUCUCUCGCUCUAGUUCUGGUUCUGGUUCUGGUUCUGAUUCUGAGUCUAGGUCUCUGUCGUCUUCGGAUGCGGGUUCUAAUUCUGCAAGAACAUCCAGUCCUUCCGCCGUAAACAACCCACUGGAACAGCAUCCACAAAGCGAAAGUUCAGGCAGCUUGAAAACGAUCACCUCUGCAGACUUCGAACCAGAGAAAGAAGAGAAUGUCGAUCCAAUGAAUCAAUCUACGCCAAGUGAAGAGCAUCAUGAAACCGCAUCAUCAACUGCACAAGAAAACGCGGAGGAUAACGCCACCAGCAGCCACGGCAAACAGAGGGGAGCGGAGGAGAUAGGUCUUUUGACGGACCUUUAUGCCUUCUAUAACAGAACGCAACACUACAGUUUUAUUCGAAAGGGCGACAUGCAAGAAUUCUAUAACAGACAGAUCUUCGUAUAUCGGGCUUAUGCAACAGAAGAGGAAGUGGAUAAAAAAGUAAGCGAAUUGUACGAAAACUACAUAAAGCUGUUGGACAAGAAGGCAGAAGCUCCGACGGACCCUAUUGACAUCGAAAUCUUUCGACAAUCGUCAUGGAUUUGGGGUGAUGCGGCAGCUAAUUCAAGGGAAGAUGAUGAAGAUUCGUUAGACAAAAAAACUUCGAAUGAUCAUGGUACUGAGGAUGAUCUUAAAGAUUCAUCUAAACAAGAAACUGGGGAUGAUGAUAUGAAAGAUCCAAUAGAUUCUUCUAAACAAGAAACCCGAGAUGGUGAUUUGAAAGAUCCAAAAGGUUGGCGUAAACAAGAAAAUGGGGAUGAUGAUAUUAAAGACUCAAAGGGUUUAUCUAAACAAGGAACUGCUGGAGAUGUUGAAAUGAAAGAUUCAGAAGAUUUUCCUAAAGAAACGGGUGAUGAUCACAAAGGUGGGAUUAGUACUCGUCAUGAUUGGAAAGAUUCGUCGGGGAACGACGGUGGGCCUUCUGCUUCAUAG